UUUUUUGAGAAAUCAAAUGGCGUCCAUAGCUUCAAAUCGUCCAUAACAAUCUAAAUCUUCUAUUAAUACUUUUUUUUUUUUUUACUAUAAUAAUUGUAGUUAUUGUUAUUUAUAAAGUUAAAGAGUUUACUGUGUUUACACCUGAGCAGCAAAAAAAGCUGACUAGACUUGACUACAUCAAGAUUUCCUAUUGAAACCAAAGAAAUAUGUCCCAAGGUCAGAGUGCUCUCCCUCAGAAUAAGGAAGCUCAACUUAGGUCCUACCAGGUUCAUCUAAAAGACAACAUUCGUUCUAUGUAUGAUAAUUUCACGGAAAUAAUUCGACUGGCCCGCGUAAGUGAAAAGAUAGAAGAAGAUGGGCAACUGUUGCGACCAACCCAGAUAGAUCAAGACAACUAUGAAAUGCAAGUCAGAGCUGCAAACAUUGUAAAAGCUGGUGAAUCAUUGAUGAAACUAGUCUCAGAUCUGAAGCAAUUUCUCAUUUUGAAUGACUUCCCCUCUGUCAAUGAAGCCAUAUCCCACAAUGCCAAAAUGCACAAAGAGAACCAGAUUAACAUUGACAUGAAGCUAAUGAAACUGAGAGAUGAAAUGGCUGCUGACUUGUAUGAGCUGGAAGAUGAGUACUACUCCUCUUUGUACAAGUGACAUUUUUAUCUACAUUCUAUUUCCUGUUUGUUUCAUUUUUUGACACAUUGUCAGUUAUGUAUGAAGUUUAAUUAAAGCUUCAAAUUGCACAAUGCAACAAAAAGCGUAAGUUAACCAAAUUUUUAUUUUUGCAUUAAAAAAAAUUUAUGUUAACUGGAGAAGUUUAAAAAUAUUUCUUUCAAAUCCAAAUUGUUUUGUUUUAAUGAGGAUACAUAAUUGUAAACAUGAGUUUAUAAGAGAAGUUUUAGAAAACUUUUGAACAAAAAAAUUAGAAAGAUGAAGUGUUUGAUUUUUUCAGUUCAAAAUUAAUGAUGUUUUAUUUUAUUUUUGUGUGUGUGUUGCAAUGUUAGAAAAGAUACUUUUCCUUUUAUACCUUGCCAUCUGUGUGGCACAUGAUAUGCUUGUAUUUCUAUGGCCCAUAGUUAGGUGUCAUGUCACCAGCAUAAGGACCAACCACUAUUACUUUACCCCACUAAUGUCAGGUAACCAUUAGCUUUGGGUGGACUUAAGGACAACCUAAAAAGAUCCCUGUAUUCACUUUGAAUUGAAAUCAUAAUCACUUGGUUUGUAAGCCAAGCACUUUACUUAUUUGGCCACCAUGUCCCAUAGAAGAGGAAUUCAGUGAUACCUUGGUAUUGGUCAUUUUGACCUGGCAACUUGGUUACCUUCUGUUGUUUAUUAACUUUUUUUUGUUGAAAUGUUAUUCAACAUGAAAUUGACUGUUAUGAUUUAUUGUAUUUGAGUGAUUGAAAUAGUUGAAUGUUCAGUAAGAAGUACAGUCACUAGCCUGGAUAAUGCUAUUGUAAUAGUUUAAUUAUUAAGAUUUAUUUGUUUGUUGUGAUUUAUUUGGUAUGAAUUCAAUUAAAAGGUGCUUUCAUUUUUUAACCAAAUGUAAUCUCACAAUGUGUUUGGUUUUGUUUGUAAUUGCAUCUUGUUAUUUAUUGUGACUAUUUAAUAUGCAUUUCAACUAAUUAAAAAUGUUAUAUUUUUA